AUGGUGUUAUCAGAAAAAGUGAACCAGCUAAUGGAGUGGGCUAGUAAAAGAUCUGUUAUUCGAAUGAAUGGAGACAAAUUUCGACGCCUUGUGAAGGCACCACCCAGAAAUUACUCGGUGAUUGUGAUGUUCACUGCCCUUCAGCCUCACAGACAGUGUGUUGUGUGCAAGCAAGCUGACGAGGAAUACCAGAUUCUGGCAAACUCCUGGCGAUAUUCCAGUGCCUUUACCAAUAAGAUAUUUUUUGCCAUGGUAGAUUUUGAUGAAGGCUCAGAUGUAUUUCAGAUGCUAAACAUGAAUUCUGCUCCAACCUUCAUUAACUUCCCUGCUAAAGGGAAGCCUAAACGGGGUGACACAUACGAACUUCAGGUGCGUGGCUUCGCAGCUGAGCAGCUUGCUCGUUGGGUGGCGGACAGAACCGAUGUCAAUAUCCGUGUGAUAAGACCACCAAACUAUGCUGGGCCAUUGAUGUUAGGGCUGCUGCUGGCUGUCAUCGGAGGCCUCGUGUAUUUGCGCGGAAGCAAUCUGGAUUUUCUGUAUAACAAAACUGGAUGGGCGUUUGCUGCUUUGUGUUUUGUGUUAGCAAUGACAUCAGGCCAGAUGUGGAACCACAUUAGAGGUCCACCCUACGCUCAUAAGAAUCCCCAUACAGGACAAGUGAACUAUAUCCAUGGAAGCAGCCAAGCCCAAUUCGUGGCAGAAACACACAUUGUUCUUCUGUUCAAUGGUGCUGUUACUUUAGGCAUGGUACUCCUCCAUGAAGCUGCUACUUCUGACAUGGAUGUGGGAAAAAGAAAAAUUAUGUGUAUUGCUGGUAUUGGCUUGGUGGUGGUGUUCUUCAGCUGGUUGCUGUCUGUCUUCAGAUCUAAAUACCAUGGCUACCCAUACAGUUUCCUAAUGAGUUAAAGGAUUCCAGAAUCUGUAACAUCUGCAAUUGCAUGGAAUGGAAUGGAAGAGCUAAAUAUACGUGGUUCAUGCUACCUCUCUGUACACUGAAUGAGAUAGUUAAACACUGAACCAAAGACGACAUGUAGUGCCUUAAAUGUCACAAGCAAUUUGCUCUGAAGGACAGAGUGUUAAGAUGCAAUCUCUUUUUUCCAUAAGCUUUACAUCUUCUUGAACAACUCUACUUCUAGUGAAA